GAAUAGCAAAGCAGUGAUCCACCAUGCCUUCCCUCUUCAGAUCCUCAGGCUGUCUGCUCUGAAGACCAAGCCCACCCUGUGGGGCUCCUUUCAGUUGGGCCAGCUGAAAGAAAAACUGGCCAUAUUGAAAAGAGAAUACAACAAAACAUUCCACAGGUUACAGCGUGCUGAGAGAGCUGCGAAGGUUAAAAAUUACAUCAAGAAAACGGUUACAGAGCAAAACCUGUUUGGACAGGAGGAAGCUCUGAAGAACCAUGCAGGAGACCUCAGUCAACUAUCUCCAGAGCUCCAGGAGGAGGGUCAGGCUGGAAUUUCCUACCCAGGCAGCACCGCAGAGGCCACACCUGUCCUCUUUAAGUCCGGGGCCUUGGAAGGCAGCUUGCCAGAAACAUCAGGCUCCAGAAGGACCCAUCAGUCUGGCCGAAGGGUGCUCUUUAAUUCUGUGGAGCCUACUCUGGGGAGGAACUGCAGCCUGCACUCGACCACUGAAACCACCGGAGAGCAGAGAGAAAUGCUCUCUUUGGCCCGGAGGGGAGAAACGGCGUGGGAGGGGCAUCAGGGAGAGCAUGAGAGGGCCACAGACCAAGACUCGGAAUCCCCAGACUUUAAGAUGAGUAGCAGCCUCUUGGACCCUGGCCAGAGGAGCCCCCCCGAGUCCUCCCUGCAGGCUAGCCAAGAAGGAAGUCGCUAUGUUACUCCUACAGUGUCAGAUUCAGACUCUGAACAGGGCAUGUGGAUGCAAACCGAUAUUCCUGGGGUAACGCAAGAACUUCCUCCUUCCCUGCCGCACACGAGUCGAGGAUCUUCACUUGACCCUCUGAGCCAAGAGAAUGUUUCUGAUCUGGAGGACUCGGCUGCUGCGAGUGCGUCAUGUGCCAGUGUGCAGAGCGUGGAGAAGGAAGAGGAGAAGAAGCCCGGGUGGGGGGGCAAGGAAGAUCCAGGAAGAUUGACGGACUCAGCGGUGACCCCUGGCGCUGCUCAAGGAGACGGAACUGUUCCUGAUUGGCAUAGAGAUGACAUGGAUAAUGGAGACCCUCCCAGCAAGAAGACGAGUGGAGAGGACGAAGGGCACAGCCUUGAAGUGGGGUCACCCCCCCUGGGAGGGGUCUCCCCCAGCGAGGGGGUGCUGAGCUCUUGCACAGUGGUUGAGGGACUCAUGUUUCCCCUCGAGUAUUACGUGCGCAUGACUCGGCGACUCUCCAGGCACCAGAAGGAGAUGAACUUGGAGGCGGUCAUUCAGAGCCAGCUGGGCAAGGGCAGAAAAAGCCGGAGGGUGACCCACAAAGAGCAGGCGGCGAAUCCAACCCAGCCCUCCCAGGAGCUCCCCAAAAGUGACGAUCGACUGAGCUCAACUCCCAGUGUGCGAGGGGAGGCUUCUGGGUCCCCACCUGUCUCUCUCGAGAGUGCCAGGUCCAGCCGCGGCCAGGGCAGGAGAAGCCUGAGGCUGAGAAGGAGGACCCAGAAGAGGACUUCCUUCAGCACAGACAAAGGACGCAGCCCGCCAGGGGGGUUCCCGGGUCCGGCUUCCCCUGCGGUCAGGAUGGUGGAGAAUUCUGCCUCUGCGGUGUUGUCUCUCGUCCCCCCGGGUGGGGAGGGGUCCCGCCUCGGCUGGCUGCCUCCUGGCCUGCCGCACCAAGAGUUCCACCUGCCCGAUGAGGAUUUCGGCCACCUGAAGUCCAAGAAGCUCAAAGUCUGCCCUGAGAAGCCGUUGGGGGUCUGGGAUGCUGGGGGAUCCAGCGAGGGUCCUACGAGCUCACCUGGGGAGGGUCCUCAAAGCCUCCUGUCUGGAAUGAGGGGGGUCCCCUCGGCUCUUUCUUCCCGUGAGCUGCUCCUCUCCCCAGGUUUGGACGGUGUACAGAGCCUUUUGCAAACCCCCGAUUUUCCCCUGGUGGGGGCAACCCCAGCUCCCCUGGAGUCCUCUCCAGGCGCCCUUGGGGCCUCUCCUUUGCAAGCAGCUGCGGCAGUGUCUCCUGACCCAGGAAGGGGCAUGGGGCAGCCUCACUUGCCGGGCCCAGCUGGAAUCGAUAGGAAGGCCAGGGGAAAAGCCGCCAGCUCAUCGGAGAAGCCACCUGAGCGUGACAAGGAGCCCCCCCAGACUGGCCCAGCAGAAGAGGAGGUCCAGGGGGAGGCACCAGCAGGCACUCCGAGAGAAGGCAGCUUGAAAAUGACUUCAAAACUGAAGAACGGCUCCGGCUCCUGCUUGGUGGACAUGAGCGCUGUGUGGUGGGAAGCUGCUGACUUCGCAGAAUUGUGCGUUGUGACGGCCGAGGAAAUGUCCAUUUCUCUGUGGAGGCCUCUGGAACUUGGCCAGUGGGGGAUGGUGCACACCUGGCCCUUUACAAAGCUUCCAGUUCUCCAAAUAGUUCCCCUGUCGGGGGCUCACAGCGUGGUGUGCGCAGUGCUGGGGCGCCUGGAGACAGCCGAGAUAAGGCUUUUGCUCCAUUCUUCUGAAGACGGCUGUGCUAAAGAGGAGCUGCUCAAAGCUGGAAACAUAAACGCCGUUCUCGGUCUGACCGAUAGGAAGCUGGUCAGCAGCGGUUGGUCCCUGCAAGGCCAAGAAGUGGAAGUCUUUUCUUUCUCUGAGAUGGGAAGGAGCCAUAGGAGCUGGGCUUUGAUGUCCCCGAAAGAGACCGUCUUGGCUUUUGCCGAUGUGGCUGGACUGCAGGAGGCUUUGCUUGGAAUGACCGCCAUGAACUGCAUCGUGCUCUGGAACCUGGGAACCGGGCAGUUGCUGAAGAAGAUCCGGGUGGGAUGGUCCUUCCCUGCGUCCGUCUGCCACAAGGCCUACUCCGAUUCGGGCCUCCUCUUCCUGGUCUUCAGCCACCCACACACCAAAGACAGCCAGCAGCCUGGGAACCCCGCCUUCCAGAUUGUCGCGCUCAAUCCCAAGACCGCCAGAAACUCUGAGGUGAUGCUCUUGGCCCCGCCCCCCGGCAUCCAAGGAAGGUACUUGGAGCGUGACGUGAGGGGCUCUUCGGCAGCAGCUGUCUUGACAUCUGGAACCAUUGCGGUGUGGGAUUUAUUUCUGGGGCAAUGCACUGCGUUGCUGCCCCCCAACUCUGGAGGCAGCUGGUCCCUGGCCAGGUGGUCAGUCACGGACACUUGCCUGCUGGCUGGGCAAGAAGAUGGCUCGGUUUACCUCUAUAGGUACACAGGGGGGCUCCACCCUGGUUGAGAGACCUGCAGACCCGACCUCCUGCCUUCCAAGAACUCUGGAGCCGAAUCCCUCGGAGGGCAGUUCAGGGACACGCCAAGCUCACAGUGGUGGCAUUGCGAAGUGCCCUCAAGGAGAUCCAGUUUUGUCAAAGGGACUCAGAAAUAGGCUUGGUCACAAUCUACCUGGAAUAUUUCUUCUGCAAACGCGCCAGAAUUAAUAGGAGCUAUACUGGUUGGAUAAGGUUUCGCCUCUUUUGGAGGCAAUUGCUCUGCACCUGUUAAAAGGAAUGAAACUGAUAAAGCAAGUGACACGUU